AUGGAGAACAUGGUCCAGCCUCUGACCGCUGUCACGCUGGACCCCGAGCAGACGACCAGUUUCCUGGACCUGGUCUCACAGGCCUAUUUCACGUUCGUGGCCACCGUGGCGCUCAAGGUCGCCUCGUCCGGGCUGAAGGUCGAUGAACCUGACGACAUUCAGAUUCUCUACGUGUGGAGGAGCAUAGCACAGCUAGCUAAAGAGGUGAAUGGUGGGGCGUGGUGGGCCAUGAUGAAUGGUGGGGCGUGGUGAAUGGUGGUGCGUGGUGAAUGGUGGGGCGUGGUGGGGCGUGGUGGAGGGUGGUGUGGCGUGGUGGGCCAUGAUGAGUGGUGGGGCGUGGUGACUGGUGGCGCGUGGUGAAUGGUGGGGCGUGGUGGAGGGUGGGGCGUGGUGAAUGGUGGGGCGUGGUGAAUGGUGGGGCGUGGUGAAUGGUGGGGCGUGGUGAAUGGUGGGGCGUGGUGAAUGGUGGGGCGUGGUGAAUGGUGGUGCGUGGUGAGUGGUGGGGCGUGGUGAAUGGUGGGGCGUGGUGAAUGGUGGUGGGGCGUGGUGAAUGGUGGUGGGGCGUGGUGAAUGGUGGUGGGGCGUGGUGAAUGGUGGGGCGUGGUGAAUCGUCGGGCGUGGUGGGGCGUGGUGAAUCGUGGUGAAUGGCGGCAGAGCGUGGUAAAUGGUGGGCGUGGUGAAUGGUGGGACGCGGGAAUAAUGGGGUGUGAUAAAAGGUGGAUUGUGGCGACUGGUAGGGCGCAGAGAAUGGUGGGAGGGGAUGGCGAACUUUAGGGGAGGUUAGCACCUCUGUUUAAUUGUUAAGAAUGUGUUGUCAUCGGUAACGAGUCUAUGUGCCAAGUUUCUGCUCAAAAGUUUGACGGGAAGUGGGUCAAUUAGCCUUGCGAAGAUUUAGCCGGCCGGCCAGAUACACAAGAACAAAACCCAACUUAACAUAAAGGAUUAAAACAAAAAAUUAAAUCAAUACCGUCACGUUGGUGUGAUUAAAUUAAUUCUUGAUGACCAUUUCCUUUAGGGCAGGUUUAUUAUCAAAGAGUUUCUAACGACGAAGCCGAUCAUUGCCAAUUACCUGGUACUGAAGUCCGACUCGACCACUGUCCAACGGUUGGCCUACACCGUCAUGGGCCCACAGGCGGACGCCGCCCAAGGUCAGGAGCAUAGCGAAGAGGAUUACUCAAGCCUGGACGACCCUAAGGUAUAG